AUGACUGCGCUACCAAGCGAAGCCGUCGAGAUCGAAGGAGUUGUGUUGCUGGACAAAGCGGUUCAGAAGCCAGCACUGUCGCAAUCAUCCAGAUAUUCCUAUGAGAAGUGGUUCAUGCUUGGGAUUUUAUCAGUCCUUAGCGCUGUAAACCAGACCAUUUGCUACUCGUACGCACCAAUUGCAACUAUUGUGGAGGAGAGGUGGGUACAUCUACUCCCUGCAGAAACUCUCAUCACGAUCUUCUUUGUCUCUUACCUCCCGUGCUCAUUCAUCGGAUCGUGGAUCAUGGAUCAAAAAUCUUUGGCGUAUGGAGUUCUACUUGGUGGCUUGUUACAGGCAGUUGGAGCAAGCCUACGCUAUCUGGCAUGUUUUCUCACUCCAGUCGGCGAGCUUUACGUGACUUUAAUUGGACAACUUAUCGCGUCAUUAGCAAUGCCGUUCAUGGUAAACUCGCCGCCUCUAUUCUCUGCAAACUGGUUUCCUCCAUCCAAGCGAGCAGCUUCCACAAGUGUAGCUUUGAACGCGAACGCUUUGGGUACAGCUCUGGUGUAUAUGACAGCACCGUUUCUUGUGCAUUCUGGUGAUGAUAUUCCAGACUGGAAUUUGUACGUCGCGUUACUUUCAAUUGGGUCCUGCGUGGUUGCUAUGCUCUUCUUUCGUUCUAAACCUACAACCAGUGUCAAUGAAUUCUCAACCUCAAAAUUAGACUACAAAUAUGACUGGAGACAAUGGUGGACGGCAUUCAGCCACACUGGAUUCUGGCACACGAUCAUGGCAUUCUCGUUAGCAGAAUGCAUCGUAAACGCCUUAAGUGCGCUCUUAGACGAGUUUCUCAGUGUCACUACGUUUAGUAAAACCCAGAUUGGGUUUAUUGGCGCAGCCUUCAUCGUCAGUUCACUUGUCGGGGGUCAAUUGGUCAGUCAGAAGGUCGACAAGAUGAGAAAUCAUAAGACUGUAUCGCUGGUUUGUCUACUGCUAACCGCUGUAUCGAUAGGGUUAUUUCAACUAGUACCGAAGGUGAAAGUGCAGGCGACACUGAUGAGUCUGCUCGUGCUUGGAGCCGUGCUGGGGCCCAUUCAACCCAUCGUUCUAGAGCUUGGAGUUGAAUGUUCGUACCCGACAAGUGAAGCGACAGUGGCAGCGUUGCAGCAGCUAUGUGGGAAUUUGCUGUCAGCUAUUGCAGUCCCUGGGCUGAGUGCACUGCAGCAUAUGCACACAGAAGAUCAUGCAAUCAUGAGGGAUUUUUUCACCAGUCCUGAGGGUGUCAUGGUCAUCCUGACGAUUGCAACGUUUGUAGUGUUCUGCUUAUUCAAAGGCAAGUAUAAGCGCUCAGCCCACGAGACCAAGAUCGUUUUACCAUGCAUUAACGACGACCAGGUGUUUGAUGGGACACAUCCCAGUAGUGCUGCAACUUUCUGCUGAAUUCUCAAGCAGAUUUCGACUCCUUGGGACGAGAUGGAAGACUUAUUUUAUGCGGCCCAAACAAUCAUACACUUCAAUUACAUUCAAAAGAAAUCGAUUACGGGUGAGGAAAACUUGAAAUACUUCGAUAUUUUCCGUCGGUGCAAGCUUAUCCGUUGGUUAUCAACACGGGUAAGCGUUGGUGGAAGUGAGAAAGAAAUGGAGUUUAGGAAUAGAUUCUGUCUGAAAAACGC